AACCCAAGGUUCAUUAAGCGCGUGCAACAAGCGAGGAUCACAGGGAGGGGUCGGCUUUGUACUUCUGUGAACGAUGAAAGCUGAUGCUCGCUUCCCAUUUUGCCAAAGUUUCCACUUUUUGGCAUCUUCCUUCGCUCCUCCAAUCUCGGAGUUGAGAUGAAAAAUGUCGUCCCGAAUUCUUUCUGAGCUGAUCUAUGCCUUCUCAGUGAGAUUCGGCUCUGCAAGUUCGUGACUUUCAUCGUGUCGGGCUGUCAGCUUCUGAGAAAAGCAAUACACUCAUUUGCGUGAUCAAUUGCGGCUUUCACCAAGGGACAGAACCUGUACUCAAGCACUAUGGGACAUGACAAUUCAAGAUCUGUCAGAUUUCAAGAGGAUCAUCAUCUAGCAAGGCUCCCUACAGUAAAAGGCGAUGGAAUCGUUAAACUGAACUACAAGAUUAAUGAGAAUAAGCUAUAUGAACCGAAAGCCACGCCUGAGAAAACAGGGAAGUCCAUGAAAGCUAAAGUGCUGCUUAGGGUGUUUUCGGAGGAUUAUGAGAGAGUGAAGCGAAAAAUAUUGGAUCCUCGAGGGCAAACCAUUCACCGGUGGAACAAGAUUUUCUUGGUGGCAUGUUUAAUUUCUCUGUUUGUGGACCCCUUCUUCUUUUAUUUGCCUGUAGUUUCGAAGGAACAAUGCAUAGAUAUAGGGAUACCGCUUGAAGUUGCCCUUACUAUAGUAAGGUCAGUGGCCGAUGUGUUUUACAUGAUUCAGAUUUUCGUUCGGUUUCGUACGGCUUAUGUCGCACCAUCUUCCCGAGUCUUCGGGAGAGGUGAACUUGUUAUCGACUCAUCGAAGAUCGCCUUGAAGUACUUUCGCAAGGACUUCUGGAUCGAUCUUAUUGCUGCCCUACCACUUCCUCAGGUGCUGAUAUGGCUUGUUAUCCCGAAUCUCGAUGGUUCAACAAUGACUAACACCAAAAACGUCCUCCGUUUUAUCAUAAUUUUUCAAUAUAUCCCGAGACUCUUUCUUAUAUUCCCACUUUCAUCACAAAUCGUCAAGGCCGCUGGCGUCGUCACGGAGACAGCAUGGGCCGGAGCAGCAUAUAAUCUUAUGCUUUACAUGUUGGCAAGCCAUGUUUUAGGAGCUUGUUGGUACCUGUUAGCAAUAGAACGACAGGAGGCAUGCUGGAGACGAGCAUGCGACGAUCAGAAGGCAUCUUGUAAGUACAGUUUCUUCGAUUGCCGCAGGGCAAAUGAUUUCAACAGGAUUGCCUGGUACCAGUCAAGCAACCUCACCGGAUUAUGCGAUCCCUCGAGUGGUUUUUAUGAGUUUGGCAUUUAUGGCGAUGGGGUGACAUCAGAAGUAACUGUGUCUCCAUUCUUCAACAAGUACUUUUACUGCCUUUGGUGGGGAUUGAGGAAUCUGAGUUCCUUGGGACAAAAUCUCUCAACGAGCACAUAUGUCGGAGAAAUUGUUUUCGCCAUAGUCAUUGCGACUCUAGGGCUGGUUCUCUUUGCAUUGCUGAUUGGAAAUAUGCAAACAUAUCUCCAAUCUACAACGGUCCGACUGGAAGAGUGGAGGAUCAAGAGAACAGAUGCAGAACAGUGGAUGCAUCACAGGCAACUACCUCAAGAGUUGAAGGAAUCCGUUCGGAAACAUGACCAGUUCAGGUGGAUUGCCACUAGAGGCGUCGAUGAGGAAACUAUUCUGAAAGGCCUUCCCGUGGAUCUCAGGAGAGACAUCAAGCGUCAUCUGUGCCUCGAUCUAGUUCGACGUGUUCCGUUAUUUGAUCAAAUGGACGAAAGAAUGCUGGAUGCGAUCUGCGAGAGGCUGAAACCCGCCUUGUGCACCGAAGGCACAUUCCUAGUGCGUGAAGGUGACCCCGUCAAUGAGAUGCUCUUCAUCAUCCGAGGCCAUCUCGACUCUUACACCACCAAUGGCGGACGCACCGGUUUCUUCAAUUCAUGCCGCAUCGGACCUGGCGACUUCUGCGGAGAGGAACUGCUCACGUGGGCCCUGGACCCGCGCCCGAGUGUGAUUCUCCCGUCAUCAACCCGGACAGCCAAAUCUGUGUCCGAAGUCGAGGCAUUUGCCCUCAGCGCAGAAGACUUGAAGUUCGUGGCAUCACAGUUCCGGAGGCUGCACAGCAAGCAGCUGCGGCACAAGUUCAGGUUCUACUCGCAUCAUUGGCGGACAUGGGCCGCUUGCUUCGUACAAGCUGCAUGGCGCCGGUUCAAGAAGCGGAAAGAAGUCGCCGAGCUUAAGGCUCAAGAGAGCCUCACACAGGAUGUUAAGGCUGCCGAAAAGGUCCCGACCAGCUCAGGACUGGCUUCAUACGCGACUAGGAUGGCCGCAAGCACGAGGAUAGGCGGUGGGCAUAGCCAUCCUGGCUCAGACUCAAGUGCCAUUGCAUCGCUGCAGAAGCCGGCGGAGCCGGACUUCUCUGUCGAUGACGAUUGAGCAGAGAACGAAUCAAUGAUGUAUGUACAAGAAGUUAACAGAAAGGGAUGACAUAUGGUGAUUCUUUCAUUGAUUGGGAGGAAGAUAUAGGAGAAGAAAUAGUUACAUGUUAAGACAGACAUAUUGUAGCCUAUGCAUAUUGUAGCUAAGACAUUGAAGACAGCUUGUCCUUCAUUUUAUAAGUACAAGCAGGAGCUUCCGAGGCCAAA